UCCGUCGCCAUCAAUCGUCCUGCAACAGCUUCUUGCUACCUUCGCCGCUAAGCAACACGACCCUUUAUAACACCUUCUCCAGCACCUCGUCACAGAUUAAUCUCCCAGACACUGCAGGAGAAAAAAAAGGGUAAGUUUUUCGAAGAUUUUACAUCUCACAUCGUGAAAAAUGGUGACCAUCGAUCCGAAAGCCGCCCCCUCCGCCCACCACUUCACCGUCGUCAUCGACGGCGUCGAGACGGCCGUCCACGAGGGCGUGCUCCGGUGCGGCGGCGGCGGCACGGUGGCCGUGGUCACCCCGGGCGUCCUCGAGGUCACCCGCCUCCGGCACGUCGUGGUGCGCGGCGGCGGCGGCGCCGGCGACGUCCGCUUCUCGCGGUGCGGGUACGCCGCCGCCGAGGGUUGCGCCGCGGCGUCGUUCCGCCGCUGCGGGGCGGUGCGCGCGGACGGCGCCCGCGGCGUGGCCGUGCGCCGGUGCCGGUCCGCCGACGUGGAGCGCGCGGGCGCCGUGGCCAUCCGCCGCUGCGCGGGCGCCGCGCGCGUCCGCGGCGCCGGGGAGCUGCGCGUGGGCCGGUGCCGGGAGGCCGACGUUGCCGGGUGCGCCCGCGCGGCCGGGGCGCGCUGCCGCGCGGCGCGCGCGGACUGGUGCGGCGCGCUCGCCCUGGGCCGCGUCGGCUCCGCCGACGUAGCCGGCUGCGGCGCCGUGCGCGUCGACCGCUGCCGCGGCGCCAGCGUGUCCGGGUGCGGCGCCGUCGCGGUGCGCCGCGGCAAGGUGAGCGUGGUCGAGGCGCUGAAGCCCGUGUCGCCGCCGCCAGUGGACCAGCAGGCAUAGCCUGCCUGGGCGGCGCCGGUGGAAAUCAUGAGCAAGUGAACCGGGGGAGCUCUACAUGAGUGAGAUGCCGUCGUCCGGCCAGCCACCAUGAUAUUAUAUUUCAUAUUUGUGUGAUGAUGGGGAACGAGGAGCCGGAUAUAUACGAAGAACUAUAUAUGCCUCGACUGUGUAUUUUUCAAUUCAAUGUUCUUUUAACAUCUUGCCAAUGUAUCAUGUGUGUACAUUAUAACAAUAGUAAAUAAAAAAAUGCUCUCUCUGUUCUCUAAUA